GGAGUCACUCUACCUGGGUGGGGCCUGGAGCCCCGGUCUCUCCUGGAGCUGGAGGCCGCCCCAGAGUGAGAUUGUCCCGGCCAAGGAAGGAUGGAUCGUCCCGUGGUCGGAGUGUCUGUGCUGCUGGUGCUGUGCGCGGCCUUGGUCGCUGCUGUUACCGCCGGGGAGAGCAAGGGCAGGGGAGCCGUGCGGCCCGAGAAAUUGUUGGUCCUCACAGUAGCCACAGAGAACACUGAGGGAUACCAGCGAUUUGUCAGGACCGCCAAGCACUAUAAUUACACUGUAAAGACUCUAGGCCUGGGUCAGGAGUGGAAGGGCGGAGAUGUCGCCCGCACAGUGGGUGGAGGCCAGAAGGUUCGGUGGCUGAAAGAGGAGCUGGAGAAACUCCACGAGCAGGAGGACCUGGUGGUCAUGUUUGUAGACAGCUAUGACGUCAUAUUUGCUGGAAGUCCCAUCGAGCUCCUCUGGAAGUUCAGUCAGUUUGAGCACAAGGUGGUCUUCUCGGCGGAGGGCUUCUGCUGGCCAGACUGGGCCCUGGCAGAGAAAUAUCCGCCUGUUGGCCAAGGCAAGCGUUUCCUCAACUCCGGUGGCUUCAUUGGGUUUGCGCCUCAGUUAUAUCGUAUUGUUCAAUUGUGGAAAUACAAAGAUUCUGACGAUGACCAGUUAUUCUACACCAAGGUGUACCUGGACGAGGACUACAGGGAGAAGUUCAGUAUCGCUCUUGACCAUAAGUCCAGAAUUUUCCAAAAUCUGAAUGGAGCCAUAGACGAGGUCGUGCUAAAGUUUGAUCAGAAUAAAGUGCGAGCCCGGAACGUUGCGUUUGACACUAUUCCUGUAGUUAUCCACGGAAAUGGACCCACCAAGUUGCAGUUGAAUUAUCUUGGGAACUACGUCCCGAAUGCUUGGACCCAUGAAGGUGGCUGUGAGAUUUGUGAUGAUGACCUGUUGGACAUAUCUGACGUUGAGGACGACGAUCUUCCCCACAUCCUCCUGGGCAUCUUCAUCGAGCAGCUGACCCCGUUCCUGCCUCAGUUCCUGGAGAGAUUGGCGGCGGUAAACUACCCGCGGAAUCGGCUGUCUCUCUACAUCCAUAACAGCGAAGUCUACCACGAGAAGCACAUCCAGAGCUUCUGGGAAAACCACAAAGACAAGUUUCCGAGCGUGAAGAUUGUGGGUCCUGAAGAAGCCCUCGGCCAAGGGGAAGCCAGAGACAUGGGCAUGGACUUGUGCCGCCAGGACGAGACCUGCGACUUCUACUUCAGCCUGGACGCGGACGUGGUGCUGACCAACCCAGACACCCUGUACAUCCUCGUACAGGAGAACCGGAAGAUCAUCGCCCCAAUGGUGUCCCGCAGCGGGAAACUCUGGUCCAACUUCUGGGGUGCGCUGAGCCCUGAGGGGUAUUACGCCCGAUCAGAGGACUAUGUAGAUAUCGUACAAGGGAAGAGGAUUGGGGUUUGGAACGUGCCAUACAUCGCCCACACCUACCUCGUUAGGGGAGAGACUCUCCGGAAAGAACUGUCUCAGAAGAAUGUCUUCACGUUGACAGGGUUAGACCCAGAUAUGUCGUUCUGUAAGAGCGUGAGAGACAAGAGCGUGUUCCUUCACAUCAGCAACAGAGAUGAGUUCGGCCGCCUGAUCUCCACAUCUCGGUACAACACCUCCCACCUGCACAACGACAUGUGGCAGAUAUUCGAGAACCCUGUGGACUGGCGGGAAAAGUACAUCCAUGAAAACUACUCCAAGAUUUUCGAAGAGAAUUAUUUUGAGCAGCCGUGCCCCGAUGUCUACUGGUUCCCCAUCUUCACAGAUGCCAUGUGCGACGAGUUUGUGGAGGAGAUGGAGAACUACGGAAAGUGGUCAGGCGGAAGGAACCAGGACCAGCGCCUGGCAGGCGGCUACGAGAACGUCCCCACGGUAGACAUCCACAUGACCCAGGUUGGGUUCCAGGAGGAGUGGCUGAAGUUCCUGCUGGAGUACAUCGCCCCCGUCACUGAGAAGAUCUUCCCCGGAUAUUACACCAAGGCAAAGGCGCUUCUCAAUUUCAUAGUCCGCUACCGGCCAGACGAGCAGCCCUUCCUGCGUCCCCAUCAUGACUCCUCCACAUUUACCAUCAACGUCGCCCUCAACAGGAAAGGGAUUGACUAUGAGGGCGGCGGCUGCCGAUUCAUCCGCUACAACUGCCAAGUGGAAUCUCCACGCAAAGGAUGGUCUUUGAUUCACCCAGGCCGGUUAACCCAUUACCACGAGGGUCUCCCCACCACCACGGGGACUCGUUACAUUAUGGUGUCCUUCGUAGACCCUUGACCAAAGCUUCCCUCUACCACACAAGUAGGACACUGCGACCGAGAGAAGAAAGAAACCUGUCUGUCUCACCGGCUGACCUGUAGCACCGUGGUGUUAGGUUUUACUCCGUUAAUCUCCGAUGGCGUCGUGCCGGCCGUUAGGACCUCCUGCCGAACGACACAGCACAAGAUCUGUAAUCGCUGUACGAAGGCGCUGUCCGGUGUGCCGUAAACAUCGCUCUCUCCGCCGUUGAUUUCUCCAGUGUUGCCAAUUUUAAUCAACGACUACAUAACACUUCAUUAUUUAAUUCCCGCGCAGUUGUGUGCACUCUCCCGACUCCCCAGCCCGGACCUGAAAAACAAUGUCACCCGUUCUAGAACAAGGCGAAUUCGGCUGUUGGUACGCCUCGUUAUCCCUCUGUGUCCCUGUAACACUUCUCCCAAUACAGGAUCAGCGCCCCCGGCCCCGCUGAUUUACUCACGCCGCCUUCAUUGCGCCAUAUUUUUUUUUCACAAUAUUUUUCUUUUUGCACAGAAAGCCAAAUUAUUUGCACAUGGGGUUUCCGUUCAAUAACGUUUUAAGCUUUGGAAGGUUUAAUUUGGGAAAUGGACACCAGAGAAAGCAGCACCUCAUGGACCGGGGCCGCACCUUACCGGAGGAAACAUGGAGGCAUAUCGGAGGAGGAGGAGAGGGGCGAGUAGUUUGUUGCUGAUCUAUUAAAUGCAUUUGCUAUGUACAAACUGCUUUAAAUUAUUUGCUGCCAACAUUUCUUUUUUUUAAUAGAAAUAAUUUUAAAGACCGUCACGUAUCACGUUUUACAUUGUUUAAUAAAAUGUCUCUCUAACUUUUUAAGAA